CACGAAGAAAGGAGAAAGUUACCCCUUUUCUCUCAAAUGUUAGGGAUCUGAGAGAAAACAUGCUCCAUCAAAGACAAAAAUAACAUAAGGAUAUGGAUCACAGCAGAUGCUGCAGCUGCACAGGCUUUUACGCUUAAGCUGAUGACUGAAACUAAAAAAAAGUCUAAAUACAAAAUGGCUCAUUAUAAUCAACAAGAUACAGAUGAACGCAUUCCCUGUCCAUACAAUAAAUUUGAGAUGAUAACAGUUCGACGUAUGCCACAACACCUCAUUAGAUGUCCUCAUAAAAAUGAAACAGAAUUUGAAACCUGUCCAUACAAUGCUAUACACAUUAUACCUCGAUCAGACUACAGACAACAUUUAACUACCUGCCCCACUAGAGUCGUGGCAGAAAAGGCCAUAAAUUACGAAUUAGAGAAACAGAGUGAUAACUUCGGCAGGGUGAAAUUAAAGGGCUGUACAGAUAUCCCAGAAUACAACACAUAUGAUAUAAAAUGCUCUGAAAAUUGGGAUGAUGAUGAUGUUGAUGAUGUAAAACCAAAUAUCUACCAGUUAGCGCCCAAUAUGGUUCCUGAUAAUAUCAGUGAAAAAUCUGAGAUGGAUUCCGGCAUUGAUGUCCAAGAUCUUUCAGAAGUAGAAUUUAACGACCCAGAAGACAGGAGAUCUACCAGAACUCAUCAAGGGCGAGACAGACGUCAAAAUACGCCAGUCAGGAAACCGAAGCAGGCACCUAGCGUCUUUCAAUAUUCCUUAAGAAUGGCAGGCGUCAAACAGGGUCGCUCACUUCCAGGACAACCAGCGCCUCGAAUCCUCCAAGAUUCUGGUAUUGGAGAGUCACUUGCUAGUGAAGCAUUUGAGGAUGAAAUUUUGGAUUCCAAACUACCAGAUGCAAGACCAAGUGGCCGAUGCAAAGCACCUGAGAAUUUUGGGCAUCAAAACAAUUCCGGCAUUCGUGAGACACUGGCAUGUGAAACUUUGGAGCAUGAAAUUUCCGAUUCCAAACCAUUGGAUGUGAGACCAAAAAUGAAAUAUGGAACGCAAGAUGUGAGACCAAAAGUUAAACACGAAACACAAGAUGUGAGACCAAAAGUUAAACAUGAAACACAAGAUGUAAGGGCAAAAGUUAAACACGAAACACAAGAUGUAAGGGCAAAAGUUAAACAUGAAACACAAGAUGUAAGGGCAAAAGUCAGGAAGGGCCUAGAUAAGGGCUCAAGACACCAUCUAAAUACUGGGCUGAAUUCUCGGGCAAUUUCAAAGACGAACAAAAAUUUGGAAACAGACGUACUACCAAAAGUUAGCCCCUUUCAAUCUAGGGACUUCGACUUCAGUUCGCCUGAAAAUAAACAUAAAAAAGACAUUUCUUCAUCAGAAAAUUGUGGUAAUCUUGUACCACCAAAAAUUCCUUCCAGUCAGCUUUCUCCAGGAGCAGGUCGUGGAGCCAUUCUCCAAUACCUUAUUUCAAAUAACAGUCCAAAUCUAUCUCCAACAGGUCAUGCCCCAAAGCCCGAGACUCUUUCUCCUCAUGGUCCACUCUCACAAGGCAUUGGUCGUGGGGCUUUAGCGCAAUACAUCUUGGGUAAAAUCCCAGCAGAGUCUGGCUUGGACGCUACACCAUCCUUGAACACCAGACGGUCUCCUGGUGUCAGUCCACAAGGGCUUGGUCGGGGAAUGCUUGCCCAAAUCUUGAAUGACAAAAGAGUUCCUGCAAAUACUCACCUCAAAAGCACACUGACAGCAGAUACUUCACAACGACAAAAUCAAGUUCCUGAAAACUCAGAACCCAUAGCAACGACCCCAAAAGGUGUACCAAAAGUACUUGAUCAUGAAAAGCUUUUCCAAAAUUUGAAUGACAAAACAGUUCCUACAGAUUCUGAACCCAAAGAAAUUCGAAAAGGUACACCAAAAGUCCCUGCAAAUUCUGAACCCAAAGUAAUGGAACUAGCAAGUGUACCACAAGUGCUUGGUCAUGGAUGGCUUGGCAGCAAAAGGGGUCUUGCAAAUCCUGACACACAGAUCUCAAGAGUCGAAGAGUCUGAUGAUGAAGAAGAUUUGAUUCUUAAAUUUGAGGGAAUUGGAAGAGGGGCCAGAUUAAAGAAUGGUAACCAAGAUCCUCGACUGUAUCCGCCUUCCAUAGGUUCAAGCUGGAGUAAUAAGAAUUUCGAAUAUGCUAAGAAUUGAAAAACAUUUUUUAUUGGACAUUAGCAGAACCAUGGUGAAUUGGAUAUUAUGUGACCUUGAACAUGAACUGCAAAAGAAUUUAUACAGAUCGUGAAUGACAGGUGGAAAGUUACUCACAGAAUGAAAAAAGUUAUGAAACAUAAUUUCGUUUUUAUGUAUAAACAAUUUUAGUUUCCCCUUGGGUAAUUUAUGCGUAGCAUACCUUAUGCAAUUUUUUUUAACUAUGAUUUUAAAAUUGACAUUAAAAAUGAAAUUGUAUUUUGAGAAUGUGUUGAACUUUCAAUUUUUUUUAACUGUCUUAUCUAUUUCAUGUUUUUUUAAAUGUCUGAAAUUUGUUCUUUUGUUAAAUUUGAACUUUACUUUAAGUUUAUAUUUGUCAUUAUGUAUAUCAAUCAAAAUAUCAAAUAAAUCAUGAAAUG